UAAGUAAUUACAAAAUAAGCUUGAACAAAGUGUAGUUUUAUAGAUACCCAAGGCAAGCUUCUUCUCCGGUUGGCUAAAUCCGUCUGCUACAACCCAAUCCACCCGGUAUUCUUGGCGUCCAUUCGGUCUUGAGCGUGGUAUUGGUCAAAUGAAGAAGAGAACAGCAGUAUCACUAAAAGUACAAACAAAAGAAAAAAAACCCAAGCUAGUGGUUAAACAUGAGACAUCUAUAGAAGAAUCAGAACAUGAAGAAGAAACACAAGCAAUUGAAGAAUCUGAACCUGAGGAAGUAAACGAGGAAGAGGAAGAGGAAGAGGAAGAGGAAGAGGAAGAGGAAGAGGAAGAAGAAGAGGAAGAAGAAGAAGAAGAAGAAGAAGAAGAAGAAGAAGAAGAAGAAGGAGAAGAAGAAGAAGAAGAAGAAGAAGAAGGAGAAGGAGAGGAAGUUGAAGAAGAGGAAGAAGUAGAAGAGGUAGAGGUAGAGGAAGAAGAAGAAGAGGAAGAGGAGGAAGAAGAAGAAGUGUUAGAAGAAGAGGAAGAGGAAGUGGAAGAAGAGGAGGAAGAAGAAGAAGAAGAAGAAGAAGAAGAAGAAGAAGAAGAUGAUGAUGAUGAAGAAGAGGAGGAUGAAGAAGAGGAAGAUGACGAGAGUUCCAAAAAGGAGACUCUUAGGAAGCUUCUGGAACCCUUACCAAAAGAUAAGAUCGUUGAGCUUCUUAAAGAAGCAGCUAUGAUUGACCGUUCGGUAGUGACUAGCCUCAUCGAAACUGCUGAGGUAGACCCCGCUCAUCGUAAGAUAUUUGUAUUCGGCCUUGCUUGGGAUGCCACCAGAGACCAAGUACUAUCUGCCUUUAAAAAAUAUGGUGAUAUCGAAGAGUGUACAGUUGUUACAGAUAAAGUAACCGGGAAGGCCAAAGGCUAUGGCUUUGUUCUUUUCAAGACCCGAAAAAGUGCAAGUAAGUCCCUUAAACAGACACAAAAGAAGAUAGGAAGCCGCAUGGCAACUUGCCAGUUAGCUUCUGCAGGACCUGGUGGACCCAGUAACAACCAGAACACUGCUACACAAAAUACUAUUGGACGAAAGAUCUUUGUUGCAAAUGUUGGGUCCCAUGUGAAUCCCAAUGCACUUAGGUCCUACUUUGCCAAGUUUGGAGAGAUUGAGGAAGGGCCAUUGGGGGUUGACAAUGCUACUGGAAAGUUCAAAGGGUUUGCCAUGUUUGUAUACAAGAGAGCUGAAGGGUGCAAGAAGGCUCUAGAAGAACCCAAUAAGGUAUACGAUGGUUGUCAGUUGCAGUGCAGACAAGCUGUUGAUGGCCAACGUGGAAAUAAAAAUGCCAAGAAUCUGCCACCAGCUAUGUCUGAUAAUGAGAUUGGAAAUUUGGGUUAUGGUUAUGCUGGAAUGUACGCUCCUCAGCUUAUGAAUCCUGCAGCUGGUAUUAUGGUUGGGCAAAAUCCGAUGUUGGUGUCUGCUUUGAAUCAAAACACCAUGUCUUCAACACCCCAGUCAUACGGGCUCAGUGGUAGUUAUGGAAUGAGCACAGUGAGCCCAGGUAUGUUGGCCAAUUAUGGUUCUCAACUUGGGUUACCAGGUAUUGGGACAUAUCAGACGACUCAGAUGGGACGCUCUUCAGCUGGCACAUCAGAUCCGGCAACUAGGGAGCAUUCUGGACAUGGGUCUUUGGCAGCCAGUUUUUCUUCAUACCGUGGCCGCUAGUUCGUUAUGAGCUUCCUAAUAAGAAAUGGUACAUGUUUAAUGUUUUUUUUUUUUUUUUUUUCAAGUUACAUUGUUUAGGUUUGUUUUAAAAUGUUCUUAUUAUUCAUGGAAGUAUCUGAACAAUUAUCUUCUAUACUUAGUUAAAAACGUA